CACAUAGAACCUACGUUUUUGUUCGGAUAAACAAAGAGGUUUUGCACUUUUGCAAUGGCUCCAAGUUUUGAUUAUGCAGUUACGAGUCUACUCUGUGCAGAGGAUAACAACAGCAUUUUUGAUGAUAACGAAUGCUUUGGGGGUUUGGGGGAUGAGUUUGAGUGUACAUGGAAUCGUAGAUAUCGUCGAAACUUGAAUCAAAACAGAGGCUUUCAUGAUGGAAAUGCCUUGCCAUUGCAGAGUGAGGAGUGUUUGUCUUUGAUGGUUGUAAAAGAACACCAGCAUAUGCCUAAUGCUGAUUACCUGAAUAGGCUGCAGAGUAGAGAUUUGGAGGUGGGGGCUAGAACAGAAGCUCUUGAUUGGAUUGAGAAGGUUCAUGCCCAUUUUGGUUUUGGACCUCUUUCUGCAUAUCUAUCAGUAAAUUACUUGGACAGAUUUCUCUCUUCCUAUGAAUUACCAAAGGGGAAAGCUUGGACGAUGCAAUUACUGGCUGUGGCAUGUUUAUCCCUUGCAGCCAAAAUGGAGGAAACAGAAGUUCCUUUGUCUCUAGAUCUACAGGUGGGUGAAUCAAAAUUUGUGUUUGAGGCUAGAACUAUACAAAGAAUGGAGCUUUUGGUGCUGAGCACUUUGAAAUGGAGAAUGCAAGCAGUUACCCCAUUCUCCUUCAUAGACUAUUUCCUUUACAAACUCAAUGAUAAUCAAUUCCCUCAUAGAACUUCAAUCUUGAGAUCAAUCGAACUCAUAUUAAGCACGAUGAGAGGGAUUGACUUCUUGGAAUUCAAGCCUUCUGAGAUUGCAGCAGCAGUGGCAAUAUCUGUUGCAAAGGAAACCAAAACAGUAGGCACUGAGAAAGCAAUAUCUGCUCUUGCUCAGCAUGUACAAAAGGAGAGAGUGUUGAAGUGUACAGAAUUGGUUGAUGAAUUGUCAUUGGUGGGUGGGUCCUUGGAGGGUGUUGCAAGUGGUGCAGUCCAAUUGGUGCCACAGAGCCCUAUUGGGGUGUUGGAUGCAGCAUGCUUGAGCUAUAAAAGCGAUGACAUAACAGUUGGGUCAUGUACAAAUUCUUCCCAUAAUACUCCAGAGACCAAAAGGAGAAGGUUAAAUACACCCUUUGAAGUUGAACUAUAAUAAGUGAUGAUGGAAAUAGGAUUUGCACACAAAACACAAAAUAUGUUUGUUUGCUUGUUCUUUUUUAUUUCUUUUUCUACAUGGUAGUUUUGGUGUGCCUAUUAAGGUUAAUCAAAAGGGUAGAUUAUGGAGGAGUUGAAUAAGUUGGGUCAUGGGUGGAGUAUGGAAGGUGGAAAAUGGAGAAUGGAAAUGAAGAGAUUUCAAGCUAUUGGCAUGGACAGGAAAUCACCAGCUGUUAAAUAUUAGUUUUCUUAACGGCUAGGAAAGGGAAAUGGAAAACAAAACAUUAAAAAAAAAAAAAAAGUUUCUGCUUUGUGAGAUAAGUUUGUUUUAGGUGGAGUUUUCUUAAUUAUGAGAAAAGGAAAAAGAAAAAAAAAAUAGUAUC